AGAUAAGAGUAAAUUAUCUGCUUUAUUUUGUUUUCGGUUGAAUAUAAUUUGUUUGAAUAAGCUUAUUUUUCGUAAAUAAAUGAUUUAUCUCCAAAUCCAUGGAGUCCAAUGAGAUAAUGGAUAGGUGAUGGCAAAAAAAGUUAGUAAUAUACAGGAAUAUGUCAAAGAAUAUACAACUGAUUUGUCGAGUCUGUCUGAGGAAAUGUAAAAGCAGACAUGUUUCACUACUAGAAGUUUUUCCAAUAAAUGCGGAACAGGCAUCUGUAACAUAUGCCGAGGCUUACAAGAAUUGUACACAAUUGGAAGUUGAAAUUGGCGUGGAUGGCUUGCCCGAGUGGCUGUGUAAUAGCUGUAGUCGAGAUCUUCAAUAUUCCUAUGAUUUUUGGAUUAAAGCAAAGAAAAGUGCUGACACACUUCUUACUCAGAUAAGAGCGCAAAACGAAGAAAAUGCUCGCCGGGUACCAUCACCAUCCGAAUUUGAGUUACCUGAUAGUGGAGCGCUGGGUUAUGCUCUCGCUGAUGGCGAUAUAAUUGAUGCAUGCAGUACGCAAGUGAUGAAAUGUGACAAAGAUCCGCUGGAGGAGUCUGACAGUGACAAUGAAGUAAUAGCCGGAAUUGCAACAACUAUAAACAAGUUAGAAUCACCCACCUUAUCUCAAACCUACUCUGAUUUUAUUUACGACAGCGAAGACGAGAAGCCUCUAAAAUUACUUAUGACUGGUAAUCAAACUGAAGUUGGGAACGCCAUUGAAAAAGAUCAAUGUUCAUUCGAUGAAGAUGACGAGUUUAUUGCUGAAGAAAAUACAACUAAAGAGAAAAUUGCCGAUCCAAUGUUUACGCCAGAAGCACACAUUUUUCCAAAAGGGCGAUUCAAAUGUGCCAUUUGUGAACAACGCUAUUUUACUGCAGCUGGUCUGAAGGCACACAUGGAAGUGCAUCUAGCAAAAAGUGGCACAACAAAAAAGAAACGUGGAAGAAAUAAACAACGUAAAGCUCCAAAAAAAGUUAUCAACGAUGAAGACUAUGAAAAUUCGAGUUUGAAUCCAACUAACGCUGAUGAAAAACAUGCAAACGAAGAAGCAAAGGAUCAAGAAGAACAGCACUCACCUGAAAAGUCACUUAAAUCGAAAAAACCUAAACCAAAACGCAUGUUUCCGUGUCAUGUAUGUGGUAAACAUAUGAUAUCGGCUUCCAAGCUGCGCUACCACAUGGUCAUGCACACUGGUGAAAAGGACUACCUCUGCACAAUGUGCCCAAAAGCAUACUCGACAAUUUAUGCGCUUAAACACCAUAUACGUACGCAUACUGGUGAACGGCCGUAUGAGUGUAAGUUUUGCGGAGACCGUUUUCUGCGUCCAACUACGCUUAAAAGUCACCAGCGCCGUCACACAGGCGAACGUCCUUAUGGCUGUGAUAUAUGCGGUAAACGUUUCAUACAGCACUCGUCGAUGACUACACAUAUGAAGCUUAAUCAUAUGGACAAAACUAUACAAUGUCCGCACUGUGAUAAAAAAUACGCACGUCAAACCGACUUGAAUACGCAUUUACUUAGUCACACUGGCGAUAAACCGUAUUCCUGUCAGUUGUGUCCCAGUCGCUUUGUGCGCCAAGCAAAUCUCAAUAAGCACAUGAAUCAACAGCAUGCUGAAAAGGCUAGUGUAUCCAAAUUCUCGCAGCUAACUGACGUUACUUAUGUUGCAGCAUGUGGAAGUGUUGCUGUUGCAGGCAAAUCGAAAGUUUGUACUGUGUAUAAAUUAACAGAUAAAAGUAUGCUAAGUGAAGCAGUGGCAAGUGAUUUUGUGGAUAAGUGUUACAAUUUCAACAGCUUCCUUCUGCACCUCCCAUCAAGCAGACGUCUUUAUAGUUGUAGUGCCGUUAGUGUGCCGCUUAAAAAAAUUAAUAAUUUGAGCAACAACAGUAGCGCUGGAUAUGCGAGUGAGAUGCGGUGAGAGUACAUUGGUGGCGCACUGUCUGUGAAAUGAAUUAAGUCGUUAGUGGCGACAAAUUGACCAUAAACCAUGCAUGUUUGUAUGUAAGCGUAUGUAAUUAUGUGCACAGCAACAACAAUGCUGUUUACAGGGACAUGCCUAUGCACUUGUAGGAGUCUAAAUAUUUGACCACAACUAGAACGGCCUGUGAAAAUUCUUUGUUCUGUGUUAAGGUUGUAUUAUCACAUUUUCUUUUUCCUCUCUUCCGCGCUUCGACAGUUGCUUUGGCACUUAUUUUGCGGAUAUGCGCACAGCAGGCUACCCGUCGCACUUCCUCACGCGAUCACCAGAAACUGUGUAACAUGCUUAACAGCAACAAGAACAACAGCUUGUAUAUCCACUUAAACCUUAAUCGCUCAUUUGCGCUCUUGAUUUUCAAUUAUUACGCUAAAUUAAAUUGCGUUGCUUACUGUUACUCCCACAUAUUUGGUUCUAUGUAGUGUUUGUGGCUCAAGCAUUCCAGCAUGCAGCAGCUUGUGUAUCGCCAUUAAUUAAAAAAGAAGCGUAUCUCUGAUAAAGUGCUGAUAAGCGCGCAUAAAUAAAGCAUUUAUUCCUUAAUGAAGUGAGAAUUGUUUUGUGGUGACGUCAACUUAGCUCUUUUAUGACUUGGGUUGAGAGCGUGUUGAUUUUCUUAAAUUGCCCUGUCACAGUAGGGAGCGUGCCCUUUUGAAGUGGACAUGGAAAUGGUUUGUUUUGACAUGUGUUUGCACUUGCUGAGAAGCAUAGCGGUUGGUACUUUAACACUUGUAUAUUGUUGUCUUUUCGAAAUUGCACAAUCCAUAACCAUGUGUAACUAAAGGGUGAUACAUUUCAAGGUUCCCAACUUGAAAGAAAAAACAAGAAAAAACGUUA